CCGGCGAUCACGAGUGAAUGAGAAAGUGGUUCAGCAAUAUAAGCUUCCCUCCUGUGGCCCAAAAAAAAAAGGGGAAAAAUAUUACGGCAGACGACGGUUGCCGGCCUAACCUUGGCUGAGUGCGAUAGGUGAGCGACAGAUCGGUGUGUGUUUGUGUGUGUGUGUGUAAAUAAAGGUCCGGGUUUGUUGCGACUCCGAAAGUAGUGAAAUCGUGAAAGAAAGUGAAGUGACGCGAGCGCGACGUUUCGUAUUGUCCUCCAAUGUUUUUGGUGUGUGUUUGUGAGUUUUGUUUGUGAAAUAUUUUUAAUUGUGUGGAAGUGUGGCAUAAAAAGUUUCCUUAGUGUAAAAGAUACAUGUAAGUGGUAGAGGAAGAAGUGUACCACAUGUAGGAAAAGCGUAAAAUAUGCAAAAGUGUAAUGUGGUGUGAAAACAUACAAGAAUAACUUGCAAGAGGUGUAACAUAGAUUAAGAAAAAAAGGAGGUAAAUGAUAACCAUCGUUCGUGUUCGCUUGACGCAACCAGCAAAACCAUACUCGAUAAGCAAUUCCAAGACUCUUCUGACAGAAGCAGAAUAAUAUUACUUCGUGGGUACGUCAACACUCCCAGAACAACUGCAGAUAUUCUUCCGUGAAUCUCGCCGAAUCUUCUUCCAAUACGACACUGUCAUGUCCGAAGGCAUAAGAAUGUUCCCGAUCAGUUGUGUCGCGCAUGCAAACGCCUAUCGAAGCAGCACAUUGGUCAGCUUGCGGCUUGACCGUGUCCUAAAUCCGGACUACAUAUGAACGUUUCUCACUCGCACAGAAACUCACAAUAAACGGGCCGAGCAGGCUUCACGAAGUGCAAUAGCGAGAAAGCGAGAGUCGAGAACCUAGCUCGAUCUUUUAGAAUACCUUAAGCAAAACUACUAUUUAACCUCACAAUCAAUCUUAUCUGCGACAACAAAACAACAAGCUCGAGAAGUGGUGGAGUAGAGUAAAAUGGACGUGCGGUAGAAUUAAGCAUUACGAACAUUCUCGAAUCUCUGCAAAUUCUUAAACUCUGGAUACGUAUUAAGAUACUGGUCGACAAAGUGCGUUACAUUUGGACGGUGACGAAUCUCUGGCGAAUCGAAUAGAGAUCACUGUAGAGGACAAAACGUUUACAAAACGAAUCUCAACCGCCUUGUGUUGAGAGGGUCGCCCCAGUCGUAUAAGAAUCCUUACCUUCCCAAUUCGUUCUUCCGGUUGGUCAUGUACCGUGUAAACAUCGUCAGCACAAAUCCGAGCGUGUCAGCGAGCAGUAGCAGCAGCAGCAGUGGAAGCAGUGGAACUGGCGGCGUCAGCAGCAACGUUGCAAUUCUUCAGCAAGCGCCGCAAAUCCUUGGAAUCACCGGCGGAAGCACGAUCCUGGCGGGCCAAACCGGUACGACGACACUGCCGAUCGGAACGAUAGUGAGCAUACAGCAGCCCCAGCAAUCGUCCCAGCAGCAGCAACCGAACCAGCCUGCCACGGCUACGAUAAUCGGCUUGAGUGCCAGUACGCUCAGUGCACUGAAUGCGGCAACGGCGGUCGGGACGGGCGGUGGAGCCACGAUAGCGAGCGGUGGAGCAACGAUCACACCGGUAACGGCGGGGGCGGGCGGCGCGACGGUUGUCGCCAAUCAGCUGCUGAAGGUGGCCGCCGGCAACAACAACAGCAUUAGCAUCCUGAAGAUCGGUGAUGACAUCAUGCUGAAAGCGGUGAAAGUGGAACCCCUGCCGAGUGACACGGGCGGCGGCGGUGGUGGUGGUGGUGGUGGAGGAGGAGGUGGAGGAGUUGCAGCGGCCUCCACGACCACCACCACGACCGGAAGUAGUGCCGGUGUCACUGCUGCCAACACUGUUACCGUGACGACGAUCCCGCCGGCUAAUGGUGGCAGCGGCCAUGUUGUCUUCGGUGGCAAGCGAAGGCAUGAGAGCAAUGAAGAAUGGAUAUCCUCACCUAGUCCCGGGAGUGUGCAAGGAUCGGCACCACCACUGAGCCCUUCGCCCGGCUCGCAAAGUCACACCUACACCAACACCAUGUCGAACGGAUACUCAUCGCCAUUGUCCAGCGGCAGCUACGAUCCAUACAGUCCGAAUGGGAAAAUGGGACGUGAAGAUUUGUCCCCGUCGAGCAGUCUGAACGGUUACACCGGCGAUGGCAGUGAGGCGAAGAAGCAGAAGAAAGGCCCAACCCCACGGCAGCAGGAGGAGCUUUGUCUCGUGUGUGGUGACCGGGCAUCUGGCUAUCACUACAACGCGCUUACCUGUGAAGGCUGCAAGGGGUUCUUCCGGCGCAGCGUCACCAAGAAUGCGGUCUACUGCUGCAAGUUUGGGCAUGCGUGCGAGAUGGACAUGUACAUGCGGCGCAAGUGCCAGGAGUGUCGGUUGAAGAAGUGUCUCGCGGUCGGCAUGCGGCCGGAGUGCGUCGUGCCCGAAAACCAGUGCGCUAUCAAGCGAAAGGAGAAGAAGGCGCAGAAGGAAAAGGACAAGGUGCAGACGAACCCUUCCACCACUGUCAGUACAACGAACAGCAGCUACAAGUCGGAGCUGCUGCCGGUAUUAAUGAAGUGUGAAUCACCGCCCACCGCAGCGAUACCGCUACUGCCGGAGAAACUGUUGAACGAAAACCGACAAAGAAAUAUACCUCUGCUGACGGCUAAUCAGAUGGCCGUCAUCUACAAACUCAUCUGGUACCAGGAUGGGUACGAGCAACCGUCGGAGGAAGAUCUCAAGAGGAUAAUGAUUAACUCACCGAACGAGGAGGAAGAUCCCCACGAAAUCCACUUCCGGCACAUAACGGAAAUCACCAUUCUCACAGUACAACUUAUCGUCGAGUUCGCGAAGGGACUGCCAGCAUUUACCAAGAUCCCGCAGGAGGAUCAAAUUACGUUACUAAAAGCGUGCUCCAGUGAGGUGAUGAUGUUGCGAAUGGCCCGCCGGUACGACGCCGAAACCGACUCCAUCCUCUUUGCCAACAACCGAUCGUACACGCGCGACUCGUACAAGAUGGCGGGCAUGGCGGACACGAUCGAGGACCUGCUACACUUCUGCCGGCAGAUGUACACGCUCACGGUGGACAACGUCGAGUACGCGCUGCUCACCGCGAUCGUCAUCUUCUCCGACCGGCCCGGGCUCGAGAAGGCCGAACUGGUCGAGACGAUCCAGAGCUACUACAUCGACACGCUGCGCGUCUACAUCCUGAACCGGCACGGGGGCGAUCCGAAGUGUAGCGUCACGUUCGCCAAGCUCCUUUCCAUACUGACCGAGCUGCGGACUCUGGGCAACCAGAACUCGGAGAUGUGUUUCUCGCUCAAGCUGAAGAACCGCAAGCUGCCCCGGUUCCUGGAGGAGAUCUGGGACGUGCAGGACAUACCGCCGGUCGGGCUGGCCAGGCAUCAGGAGCUGGUCGCGCAACAGCAGCACCACCAACAGUCGGACAAUCCGAACGCUUCCUCCAUGGCAUCCACCUCGUCGAACAUUGUCGUCGUGCCGAACAACGGUGUGCAUCUUGCACAGAUGCAGCAGCAGCAGCAGCAACAGCAGCAGCAGCAGCAACAGCAACCACCCAGUCAGCUACAGCAGAUUCACAGCAAUGGUGGCGUGAGUGCGCUUACGCCCGUCGUCGGUACUAACGUGGGGAUCAGUAAUGGGGCCGUCAAUGGCGGCAACAGUAGCAGUAGUAGUAGUAUCAGUAACGGUAGCACAAGCAGUAACAACAGCAGCAGCAGUAGUAGCACGACAAACAGCAGCAGCAGCAGCAGCAACAGCAGCAGUAGUGGUGGUGGUGGUGGUGGUGCUAGCAACGGACUGCUCUCCACUGUCGGAAUGCUCGAUCACGUAUAGCUAGCGUAGGGCACGGUGUCGCCCGCGGUCGUCGGCACCGUCACCGUCGUCGACGCGCUAGCCGGGGACGUACUGUUUGACAGUCACCAUCCGCUGGCAGGACUCGGCGUCGGCGGCGGCGGCGGCGAUGUCGACGACGACGACGACGGGGCGACCACCGGCGCAAACGUCUUCCCGGACGACGACAUUCUAUUUAUCGUAGAGAGUUAAUUUAUUUAAACCGUUUAUCAUCCACUCCUCCUACACGUGUGUGUGUGUGGCGCCAUUUGCUCUGCACAAACGAAUCAUCCAUGUACGAAUCCUUAGGGACGUUUUCGGUCUUUUCAACGCACACACACACACGCCCCACGUCGUCUGUGUUUGAUGCGAGACAGAAGCGAAGCAACAAUAUUUCAUUCCUCUCCCCUCUUUAUAUAUACACACACACCUAAUAAUACAAUUGUACAGUUACAGUGGCGAAGGCGUAAAAUGAAUUGUUCUAAGUUUUUCCUAUCUUAAGUCAGUUAGUUAAGUUUAGUUAAUUUAGAGAAGGGCGUGCUCGCUUUCUUCUCGCUGUUGUACACAUUUUCUUCUCUAUGGCCCGCGUUUUGUGUUGCAUGGAAUGAAAACACACACACACACACACAUACAAAUGAACGUUUGUAAAGAGGAGAAUGAAAUUGGGAACGUUUGCAAUAGAAUAGAACGGUAGAACAGCGGAAAACAGUCCGAUCAGACUGUUGUCAGGCUGCUUUGAUCGUGAGCGAGUUGUGAGUGAACCCUGCGCGUUUUGUGAAUUAUGGAGGACAGAAGCGAACAGCGAAGCUACUGUUAACACUACAUUGUACGGUAGUGGAAGGAUAGGAACGUGUUUAGAUAGGAACCCCACCACCGGGGCAGGGUUAAGGGUUGUGCCUAGGGAACAGCGGGGGGGGGGGGAGAUUUACCCAUCGGAUGCGGGGGUAUUUCUUUCCGGUUUCCAGCUCGGAUAGAGUGUGACCGCGUGUGUGUGUGUGUAUUUAAGCGACGAUUAGGGUGUAACGAUACUAAUAAGCUAAGGGGAAUCAGUAGACACACACACACACACAUCUGGAACAGAGCGACGUUAGGAGCGUCCUUCUAAUACACGCAACACUAUUACUACUACUACUACUACUACUAUUACUGUGGAAAAAAGGUGCGAAAGAAGGCGCAAACCACCACACAUGCACAUUGAAGCAUCAGCACACUUCCAGCACUCACCACACACACACAAACAUACGAAUAAAUACAAAAGAACCACAUUGGAAAAUCUUCAGAAAUACUGCCAGCUACAAUGCGCUGCUAUACUAGGAACUACUACUACUACUACUACUACUACUACUGCUAACAAACCACUACCACUUAACUGUGUGUGCGUGUGUGUGUGUAAUGCGAGACUUGAUCCGCCGCCGACACACAAACAAACAAACAAUUACGUACUGCCAAUAGAAGACAUACGAUCCCUCUCGCCGCUCUCUCACUCAUUCUCUCCCUUCUACCCUUGGGAGAGUAGUAGGAAGGUUUGAGCGACUUAAGAAAAUAGAGAGAGGGGUUCGAGACCUGGUUUUACUUUAUCAGGAUUUCGGUUCAGUUCGUUGAGUGUGCUAGUGUCACCCCCAUCCCCCCCCCCCCCCCACGUUAGUACUGUAAGUGUGUAGUCCAGGUGGUUCAAGCAGGAGUUUGUUGUGUGUGUGUGUGUGUGGGGCAAAGAGUGUGUGUGUGUGUGUGUGUGUACUGCGGGAACCUUCUUUCGUAUCGUUUGGCUGUGACUUGUUAAUAAUUUUUAAGAGAAGCAUAUAUUAACUAUUACUACGAUCAACAUAUAACUAUAGAGGACAGAUUGCACGUAACGCAUAAAACAGCCAGCUUCAAACAACGGGAAAAUUGCGGGGCUGGUGUUGUGCACAUGUGUGUGUGUGUGUGUUAAAAAGGAGUAGGGAAUGGACCAGCAGAAUAUCGAACCAGGUGGGAGAAGAGUAGGGGUAAAAAGGGAAGCAAACAAGGAAGGUAGAAUUAAGCCUAGCUAAGUGCUCUCAGUCGUAGUGGAUCGGAAAUCCCCUUUCUCCCAGAAAGUAGAUGGCCCCAACACUCGCGGCUACUGCUUCUACCACGACCAGCCCCGGGCAGUUGUUUUCCGAUAUUUGGAACGAAUUAGUGUCUGUGCCUGACCACGGACGGACUAGGACUAGCCCGGUAGCGAAGUAAAAGCGUGUCUCGCGACUUCUCCCCAUCUCUUAACAGCUUUGACGCAUUUUGGCAAUGCAAUUCGGAACAAAAAUUGUCGUUUUGUCCACUCUUCCUUAUUCCCCUUUUUUCGCGUGUUUUCCCCCCACGGAUGUCCCUUUCGAGAGAGAGAAAAUUGUGCACUUUUUGUUAGGGAAAAGAAUUUCGAUUAGUAGUGGCAAGAUUUAGCAGAAAAACAGACGUGCGUCGGAGGACAGGCACAAGUACAUACAGAAACGUGCAUUUAUUUGGUUGCUUUCCUGUCGUCUUUAUAUACCAUUCUAGCGCUCAAAAUUCUCGCCUGAACUCGUUUAAAGUUCUUUUACAUAUCCGCGCGUAAUUCGACAUCCCCUCUAAUUAGCCCGCCGUUGUGCGUAAAUCGAAUUGUUUAAACCGCAAAUUAUUAAAUCAAUUUAGUAGUCAAAAUUGUUAAUGAGGAUCUUUUACAUUAGCCAAUUAGCCUUCCACCACCAACCUGUCCAAGCCUGUUUGUAGUGAAAUUUUAAAUUAAUUACCAUCCAUAUCGUCCCGUCCUAUAUAUAUGUAUAUAUUUCUCUCUCCCUCACUCUCUCUCUCUGUCUUGCUGAGGACAAAAAUUAGCUGAUUUGUUUUGUUGUCCUACUCUCUUACCUUCAAUAUUGUGAAAGCUUAACAUAAAAAAUGGGGAACAACCACCACCACACACACACAUCCAUUAUGCGGCGUUACGUGAAAGUGCAUUAAAUUCCGUGUGAGUGUGUGUAAGAAGCUGGCUCGCAAAGAUAAGAGAAAAGGAGAAGAAAACAAGACAUGAAAAGUGUGAGGAAAAAGUGAACAAGUGAAUGUGACAAAAUAGAGUGCGUGCGUGUGUGUGUGUGUUUUUGUUUUUAGUUUGAAGAAUUAAUUGUUCUGUUUCGGAAACGGAGGUGCCUUUUGACAAAAACAAAACAAAAACAUAACAAAUAACCUAACCAAACAAACAAAAGUCGCAAACAACUGCAGGAACUCGAAACCUUUUUGCAACAAACGAACAAAACAAACACAAAACGGAAACACAUUCAAACCUUCAAGCAUAGCAACAAAACAUAGAACAGAUGAGAAAAAAUAAGCAAAAAGAAUGGAAAAACCGAUAGAUGUAAGAGAAUGCCCUUCUUUACCUUCUACUACACCAAAACAGUGCAGCAGAGCUUUCAUUUGUGCAACCAAACAAACAAGGACAAGGAAAGGAAGAAAACGAAAAACUUUACCUAGAUAGGCACGGUGGGAAACGAAUUAGAACAGAACAAAGAAAAAACAUGGGACUGAUGCGAAAAGGUUUCGUUCAAGAGACAAACGGGGAUAAGUGAGUGGCCGGAAGUUUAAUUGCAAACACCUCAGUAAUAACGCAAAGGAUGCAUGUUUGGGUGAGUGUGAGUUUCGGACUAUUGUAACACUGUUCGUUACAUGCUUUUAUGCGACAGUAAACAAAAGAAACCUCUUCUCCGACCGAGCACUUUACACUUGACCUACUGCAAAGGGAACCGCAUCUGCUGUAACCCACCCCUCGGGAGUCCAACAAGUUGUAUACAAAAGGUAAACGAGUGAGAGAGAGAGAGAGAGAGAGCGAGAGAGAGAAGAGUAGCAAAGAUAUGAAGCACCAGCACACACAAGCUUUAUGUGUAAAAUUGUACAGCUUUUAAAGGAAGGAAGGUAGUGUGGAAAAACAAAUUUAUCUUUUCACAAUUAUUAAAAAACAAAAAACCGGGAGCGUGUUAGGUUUUAGAAGCAUGGCAGGGGGAAAAACUGCCGGACAAAACAAAACAGUACUGCAGGAAAAUGGAAUAGGGAAGCUGGUUUGUAGAAAAUGCAAGGAGUAGGAUGGAUACAAACAAACAAGGUACAGCAGCGGCAGCAGCAGCAGCAGCAUUAUGGAAGGAAGAGGAGCGCGGCGCCUAGUGUAAUUUUGUGUAAUCGCGUGUAAGCAUUGAACUGGGAUAUGUGCAAAAUUUUCUCAAAUACUAUUAAUGACUUAUCGGAAGUAGUGUUACAUUUUAUUAUUAUUGCUAUAUUAUUAUUUUAUUAUUUUUUUGUAAUAAAAUAUCUCUUUUUUAUUCAAAUGCA